AUGGCUACGAAAUACUUGAUUCAAAACGCUACAGUCGUCUCGGUGGACCCCAAGAUCGGUGUCGUCAACAACUGCGAUGUUGCUAUCGAUGGAGAGUUCAUUGCUGCUGUGGCGCAAGGACUACCGGUGUCUGCAGAACAGGUGGUGAUCGAUGGGACUGACAUGAUAGUGUCUCCUGGCUUCGUGGAUACCCAUCGGCAUGCAUGGCAGACGCAAACACGCACAAUCGCCGCCGACUUCGUCCUAUCUGACUACGUGAAAGUGCUUCGCAACGUCUUUGGUUCUUGCUAUACCGCUGAGGAUGCGUAUCUUGGAAACUACUGCGCCGGAAUAGAAUGCAUCGACUCUGGCAUCACUUCAAUUAUAGACCACUCGCACAUCAUGAAUUCGCCUGAGCAUGCCGAUAAAGUCAUAAAUGCCUGGAGAGAUUCGAAUAUGCGAGCCACCUUUUGCUAUGGCGCUUACGGAAAUCCUGCAUGGACCGGAUCUACUCUUGACAGCGGUCGAGAGAAUGACACCCCUGAUUGGAGAUAUGAAGAUGCUCGUCGAGUACGUCAAGAGCAUUUCACCGAUAACGAUGCCAAUCAACUCGUUCGAUUUGGCUUUGCAACAUCAGAGCCUGAAAUGGUACCGAUAGAGACAAUCGUAUCUCAGAUCGAAUUAGCUCGGGAACUAGGCGCUGCGGUGAUCACUGCACACAUUGCAUUGGGAAUGUGGGACGUGGGACUGCGCACUGUUCGCAGUCUCGAAAGCAAAGGCUUGCUUGGCCCCGAUCUACUUUUCAGCCAUGGCUCAACGCUGGAAGACGAUGAGUUGAGCGCGAUCUCCUCUCGUAGCGUUGGGCUCUCCAGCACACCUGACACCGAAUUGCAGAUGGGCAUGGGGGCUCCGGUCGGGUUCAAAGCAGUAGAUUGCGGUUGUAAAGUUGGGCUUGGAGUUGAUGUAUGCUGCUCCGCUCCUGGCGACAUGUUCCAUCAAAUGCGGCUGUUGUUGCAAGCGCAUCGACACUUGCAGCAUGACAAGGCACCUGGACCUCCGAUGAAGAUUGCCAGAAAAUGCGAAGAGGCCCUCAAGCUCGCAACCCAAGGCGGUGCAGAUGCCAUCGGUCUCGGGGACAUCGUCGGAAGCAUCACGCCCGGGAAAAGAGCAGAUAUCCUCCUAACCCGCUGCGACUCCCCGCGUCUAGUCCCAGCCCACGACCCCGUCGCAACACUUGUUCUAUACGCAAACGCAUCAGACAUUGACACAGUCUUCAUCAACGGCCGUGUCGUCAAGUCUGGGGGGAAGUUGCAAUCUGUCGACUGGCCGGCAGUUCGCUCUCGACUUCGUAAGUCCACAGCUGAGAUUCACGAGAGAGCUAGAUUGGCUCCCGUUGAUGAGAUCGAGAAGGCUAUGAAUGCAAUGCUCGAGGUUUUGAAAGUGGCGAUCGAGAAGAAUCAGCAAGCAUAG